AUGCAUAAAGACGGUACUGGGAAGGCCGUACAAGUGAUUUCGGCACUAUCUCCAAUCAUACCCAACAAUUCGGCGAUUAGCAGCAGUAAAAAGCGACUACUGGCGAUUGUCUCCACAUCGGUGUUAGGAAACGCAGGACGGGUGUGGGUGACGGCUCUGCUGACGAAAAGGAACACAUCUCGGCUGAACAGCGCGUUCAGGCUGAUGGCCAUGCGGGUAUCUAGCGCGUAUCGAACUAUCUCGUCAGAAGCAACCUACGUGAUAGCUGGAACGAUUCCUAUAAACCUUCUACUCGAAGAAGAUAGCGAGUGUUAUAGGAAUCGAGGCACGAGGCGAGCCCAUAAACGAGCCCGAGCUGACACCUUAAUCAAGUGGCAGCAUUAG